AUGAAAUAACCAUCUUACCGAUGCACAGAAAAGCUUUGGAAACCAAUAGUAAGGCCGCCCAGACAUAACUAUAGACUAAAAGAUAUGGGAAAUGAGAUUUUCAUGGUGUAAGAUACUGUUACUAAACGAUCUGACUUUGAAUUUUAAAACUCCAGAGGAUUGACUUUGUAAUGCAGGUAUUUGACUAAAUUAUUUACAGCUUGUUUGAGCCUAUAAGAAUGUAAGACAAACCACAUCCAUGCAUGAUCUAUUUACAUGGGAACUCUAGCAGCAGAGUGGAAGCCUUAACCAUUGUUGAAUACUUACUCCCGAACAACAUAGCAGUUUGUGGAAUUGACCUAUCUGGUAACUUACUAAGCUAUUUUACGUAGGUUCUGGAUAAUCGUAAGGUGAAUACAUUUCCUUAGGCUAUUACGAAUCAAAAGAUGUUAAUGACCUCUAUGACCAUUUGAGAUAGAAAAAAGUAAGUGAACCUAAUAAUUAUAAGUUGAACAGCCUUUCAUUACAUAAAUUGGAUUGUGGGGCAGAUCCAUGGGCUCAGUGACAGCCAUUCUUGCAGCGACUCUCAAUUAUAAUUUCAAAGUAUUAGUGUGUGAUAGUCCUUUCUCUAAUUUAACUCAUCUCUGUCAAGAAUUAGCAUCAAAUAGUUAUAACAUACCCAGUUGUUGCUUCAAUUGUUUCUGGUGUCUCGUCAAAGCCAAAAUUAGAAGAGAGGCCAAAUUUAACAUCGAAGACCUCAAUAUCUCAUACGCCAUUCAAAGUAAAUCUGCCAUCACUAUCACAUUUAGCUCUACCUACUGAUGUUUCCAUUGUUUUCUUGUCAGCCAGAUAAGAUCAAUUAAUCAUUGAAAAACAUCCCAAAAUUCUCAUGGAAAAAUUUAGAGGAACCAAAGUACUGAAACAAUUUGAAGGGACCCACAAUUCAAAAAGACCUUAGGAUAUUAUGAAAGAAACUGUUUAAUUUGUAAGAACUCAAUUUGAUAAACAUUCCUUAAAUUCAAACACUAGCCAAGGAGCUACCAAGAUUAAUAAUGCCACAAAAGACUAGAUUCCCAUUCCUGAUUGUGAUGCACCUCUUUUGACUUAAGAAAAACCAUAUUUGUUCAAAACAGAUAAGUGA